AUGCUAAGAAGAGCAGUUUUUACCGAGCAACAACGCAAAGGACUCGAGAAGCGAUUUCAAGUUCAAAAAUAUAUUUCGAAAUCAGAGAGAAGGAAGCUCGCUACCAAGUUAAAUCUGAAAGAUUCUCAAGUUAAAAUUUGGUUUCAGAAUCGCAGGAUGAAAUGGCGAAACUGCAAAGAA